AGGAAGAGGAGGAGGAAGAGGAGCUGUACACUACAUCAGUGUCCACUAGCUCAGCUGCUCUGAAAGACUCUACCAUUGUGACAGCCGUAGAAGCGAGUGAGGACAUGUUUGAAGGAGGUCCUCUGGAUUCAGCUGCUGAAUCAUCUAGACUUUCUCCCAGUUCUAGAAAUCACACUAACCGUUCUCCGACACAUGUCCCUGAGCAAAAAUCCUUUACUGUCAAUUCUUCUCCCAUAAAAUCUUUGAGCUUUACCUCCAGUGACAAAUCGUUUAAAAGUAUGGUUAAGUCUUUCACUUCUGACGUCGAGUCUCGUGAAGGAAUCCCUUCUGCUCUAGCUCCAACCAUAAAACACAGACCUCUCAUGAAAACCCUUGUCAAAUCGUUAUCGUCAGAUACGUCCCAAGACCCAUCCUCCUCUUSUGCGUCCUCCCGUCUUCCUGAAUCUCGCCUUAACCUGCAGCUCUUAAAGCAACUUGCACAAUCCAAGAUGCCAUCUGUGGCRAUGACGUCAGUGAGCGAUUCUAAAACUGCGCCGUGUUCGCCGUUGAUCUCGCCGGAUAACCGGAGCUUCUUCAAAGUCUCGGAGGUGGAAGCGCGAUUUGAAGACACCAAACGCCGUCUCACCGAGGCCAUUUCUGAGCCGCUCCAUUUUCUGGGCAAGAUCAUGGACGAAAAGAGUGGCGGGUUAGUCGGCAGCAGUAUUUACCGACCCAAAGGGCUUUCUGCCAGUGCCACUGAACUCUCCACCCUCGCCUCAAUCAGCGACCACCCGGAGAGCAGCAACAACAACAACUGCAUCAAAGAGGAGGAAGGUGACUUGGAGGCUGAAAGCCCCAACAGCUGGACCUCCGUUACAGCCGAGUCACAGAAUGACCCCUCUGUCAACACUAAGAGCUCUGCCAAGACAUCUUCACUGUCCAUGUCUGCUCUUGCAAAACAGGAGGAUGAGGAAUUCUGCAUCCUGAACAGCGAAGACUUUGAGAUUUGCACUGACACCGAGGGAUCCAAUGGACUUACUCGAACUGGUAGUCGAGCACUGCUAAGUGAUAGUUCUGACCCAAACUGUGACGAUGAAUGUGAAGACACUGAACCAGCACCAGAUAUCCCAUACUAUACUCUUGUGGUCCUUACCUUUCUGGUCUACGGAUGCUUUGUUUUACCUCUGCCAAGUUACAUUGGCGGGGUGCUGCUUGGGGUUGGGCUUGGAUUCUUUAUAGCCAUGGGUGUCGUGUGGCUGACGGGACCAAAGUGCUCCGGCAUUGAAGUCAGACAUUCCAGAAACCAGGGGAAGCCUUUGAAGCUGGAUAUUAAAGAACCAGAAAUCUACAAGGGCUGGAUGAAUGAGAUUUUGAACUACGACCCUGAGACGUACCACGCCAUGCUGACGCAGUCCGUCUUUGUCCGCUUGGAGGGUUCCACCAUUCGUUUGUCUAAACCCAACCGCAACAUCGCCCGCCGUGCCACGCACAAGGAACAAAAACCUGACGUGUCCUACGUCAGCCAGAAGAUCUAUGACCUUACCAACAGCAAAGUAUAUUUAGUGCCUCCAAAUCUGGCCAGGAAGCGAGUGUGGAACAAAAAAUACCCCAUCUGCAUUGAACUCGCCAAACAAGAUGACUUCAUGUCAAAGACAGAGGGGUCGGMGGGSAAUCAGACCACAAGUUCAAAKGACAACGAAGCACAGGAGCGACAGUCACCGUCCUCUUGCAGAAGACGCCAGACCCUCUACCUGUUUGGGAGGACUGGGAGGGACAAAGAAGACUGGUUCCAGAGGUUUCUGUCGGCCUCCAACAUCAGAGGGGAGCUAAAGAAAACUUCCGGUGGUGGAAACGGUAAAAAGGCCACGAGCUCUCACAGCCGCAGCAACAGCCGCAGCAGUCUCAAUGAGGUGCUGGCAUCUCAGCUGAAGUCCAAGGACUCUGCAGCCUCCUGCACGACAGCAGGCAGUGCCAAAAGCAAGCCUCCAUUAGACUACUCUGUCUACAUGGGCUCCAUACUGCCGAAACAGCUGGCGGUCAGCCCCACAGCUGCCAGCUCCUCUUCCAGUCUGCAGAGCAGCCCCGGGGCUGAGAAGAAGCUUCAGGGGAACACUUCAGCUCAGGUGCAGCCCCAGGGAGAGGAGGAAGYGGAGCAUGCUGUUMCCUGGGUGAACGCGGCUCUCCGUCGGCUCUUCUGGGACUUCCUGACCGAGCCCUACUGGGCUGAAGUGGUCUCAAAGAAGAUCCAGAUGAAGCUCAGCAAGAUUCGACUGCCUUACUUCAUGAAUGAAUUGACCCUGACAGAACUGGACAUGGGCUCAGACAUUCCCAGAAUCCUCAGGGCUUCUGCACCUUACGUCGACCAUCAAGGGUUUAGGACUCCGCCUCACCUGGAGCUGAAGGCCCGGCCUAAACUUGGAGAAAGAGAAGUGACUCUGGCUCAUGUUACUGACUGGAUCGAGAAAAAACUAGAACAGGAGUUCCAGAAAAUCCUGGUCAUGCCAAACAUGGAUGACGUGUGGCUGACUCUCAUGCACUCUGCCAUGGAUCCACGCUCAGCCGGAGGCCCGUUCGUCAGCCCCCCGGGGAACGCAGAGCCCUCCUAGCACAAAUCGGACGACCCGAUUCAGCCCUGGAGAUUGUUUACAGUAUUUGUUAAAACUCAUGAAGUCUCGACGGGAUCUGAGUCCUCAGGGUCUUUUACCAACACAUUCCCUCAGCGAGCUGCUUUCUUACUAAACCAGAACAGAAACUCUGAACUUUUCAGUCACAAUUUAGAGUCGACCAAGUAAAGAGAAAGUGUUGCUCGCUGCUCAGUUUAAAUCCUCAUCACAGUCCGGCGCUAACGGAACAGCAGUGAAUACUUAAGGUGAGUUGUGUUUGACUCUGAACUAAAUGCAGGAAUUUAAUCUCUGAAUAUUAGAAGUAUGUCCUAUGAACACAAAGAUGAAGCAUUCACCAGAAACCUUAUGGAGGAGGAGGUGCAGCACAUUAUAUUUACAGUAAGCUAAACAAAUAUUGGAAAUCUCAGAUACUAGUUGAUGGGUUUAAUUAACAACUUUUAAAUCAGGUAUUUUUAAACAGUGUUUGUUUUUGUAGAGAGAAUAGACUUGAACACCCAAUUCUACUGCCAAACCCACCUUUUCUUCUUAUUAUUCCAUUUUCUUAUUCUACAAUAAUCUGAUGUAAAAAAAAAAAAGUCAUUCUUCUCGUAGAUACCUUAUAAGAGCUGCAAUGUUAGAAAUGCUGACUUUAACCUGAUAUCAGACUAAAUGAAAGUGUGUGUGAUGAACAGUACGAAGCCUCCAACACUGUUGAAUGUAAAUUUGGAUGUUUUUGAUUCCAUUUGUGUCUAAUUAUUAUUUUUUUACCCAGUUGCUGUGACUGGGGUAUGCGAAUAAUUGCACAACACAAGCUUSUUUUGUUUUGUUCUCUUGACAAACACUGUCUUACUUUCCAAACCCUUUGUCUUUGUCAGUUAAUCAGUUUGCUUAUGAAGAAGCGAGUGAUGUUUGUUUAUGAUGAUGAAGAUAUUUGGAGCUAUUUUUAACAACCAAUUCUAAAUGUGACAGUUCUUUACUCAAAAAAGCCUCUCCGAGGGAAGGUACACACAACGAACAUAAUUGUGCCAAGAGAAAAAUACUUUUUAAACCAUAUUUCUCUGAACCAAAGUUCUUCAGCACCAGAACCAUCUGUGCUUAAAUCUGCACAUCUUGAACUGAUGAAGCAUCGUAGACUCAGAUUUCCAAGUGUGUGAAAAUACAUGAAUUAACCUUGUUUACAUGUCUUUAUUUUUUUUAUUAUUUUUUGGCCCCCAUUUAAUUGUUUGAAGAUGGUGAAGCACUGUAGCACAAAAUGAUUUUGGUUUGAAUUGUUGCCUUUUCCUUUAUGAAGUAUUUCUGAACGAUUGUGUAAAAGUGGGUUAUAGCUUCACUUUUUUUGUUUACUGCUUUGGUAUUACCAGAAUGAAACAUGAUUUUGGAGAAUACAUCUGUGAAUUUUUUUUUCUUAUUGAAAAUUGUGCAUAAUUUUAAGGCCAAAAUCAGUGAUUAUGUCUCUGCCUUAUUUAUACAGUAAAUAAAUCUGUUGUUGAUAUU